AUGAGUUUUGCUACGCAUUUUUUCGACAGAACAUUGUUGUGGGGGCUCCGCAUCGUGGUCACAGCCGACAUGGCAACUCUUCUCAGUUCAGAUGGCCUCAAAUCCCAAUUUUCGCCACAGCGACUCAUGCGUUUGGGGUUGCUAGACAGCAUAAGCAGUCUCGAGAUCCUUGCGUCAUUUUCUUGGCACAAUUACAUUGUCCUCAUUGCUCCACAGUACAAGGCUAAACAUUGCGUUAUGUUGCGGAAGGGUAAAACAUACAACGGCAGUCACAGAGCAAGGGUGAGCAAAGCAUCUGCAGCGUAG